AACGCGCUGCAAUUUAAGAAAACAUGCAAAUUGAAAAAACACCAGCAAUUUAAGAAAACAUCAUCAGUUUGACGACAACAUGGGCUGCAAAUCCUCACAACACAUGCAAAUGAAGAAACGCGCUGCAAAUAGCACGGACCACAACGGAAAUGUUUCAAGGGGACCCAACAAAGUGACGGACCCGGCUGGGAUUUGCUUAUUGUGCUGUGGCUAUUGGUCAGUGGAGUUGUCGGUGAAGCGAAAGAUCAAAAUGUAUUGCCCUUUCUGUGGCAUCCAAUGGCCGACUUUGCCAAGAUUUUGCAGUUCAUGUGGGCGAGAUGUAAGCUUUGUCGUAGAGAAUGCCCCUAGAACGGCAGAGGCAGGCCUAAUCCAUAAAUAUUUCUCAGAGGGCCACACAUAUGAAGUGAUCCUUGAUUUUCUUGGAACAAUGCAUAACAUUUUCAUGAGUCUGAGCACCUUAAAGAGAAGACUAAGGAAUGCAGGCCUAACCAGGAGGACAGACUAUACUCCCAUUGACACUGUGAAUGCAGCUAUAACACAUGAACUGACAGGCUCAGGUCAGCUUUUAGGUUACAGAGCUCUGUGGCAGACAUUGCGACAGAAGUAUUUCUUGACAGUUAAAAGGGAUGAUGUAAUGCAUGCAAUUCAUAGACUGAACCCAUCUGGAGUUCAGCUUCGCCAUAGACACAGGUUUGUCCGAAGAGCAUACUUUACAGCAGGACCAAACCAAGUGUGGCAUGUCGAUGGGUAUGAUAAGCUCAAAACAUUUGGUGUUGCCAUCAGUGGCUGCAUUGAUGGGUUUUCUAGGAAAGUGAUGUGGCUCAGAAGUGGCAGCUCUAAUAAAGACCCAGGGAUAAUUGCUUACCAUUACCUGCAGUGUGUAUCAGAGUUUGGAGUUCCAGCACGCCUUCGCACAGACUGUGGGACAGAAAAUGGCACUAUGGCAGCCAUUCACUGUGCAUUAAGAGCACAGCAUACAGAUGACUUUGCAGGAGCCCUCAGUCACAUGUAUGGCACUUCAACUGCAAAUCAGCGAAUCGAAAGUCGGUGGUCCUUUUUCAGAAAGCAAAGGACUCAGUUCUGGAUUGAUCUCUUCAGUGACCUGAGAGAGAGGCACCUUUUCAAUGGCAGCCAUGAGCAUAAGUGCCUUCUACGGUAUGUUUUCUUGAGCAUCGUGCAGAAAGACCUUGAUGAGUACAGAGAACUUUGGAAUAACCACACCAUCCGACCUGUUCGUCAGUCGUCUUGCCAUUCUGGUAAACCAGAAGCCAUGUAUCACCUGCCUCACAGGUUUGAUGCAAGGGACUGUGGAUUCCCAGUGUCACAGGAAUUUAUUCAAGAGUUUGAGGGCAUUCGGCCACCACAGCGCAGUCUUUGUGGUGAUAGUAAUCUCCAAGUUCAUUUUUCGGACUUGCAGAGACAGACAGUCAUUUAA